AUGAAGCAGGAGGAGCUGGCUGACUGUCUGCAAAGCAGAAAUCCUGCAGGCUGUCAGUCUAAACUCAAAUCUAACCUGCAGAAGAAGUUCCAGUGUGUGUUUGAGGGGAUUGCUAAAGCAGGAAACCCAACGCUCCUGAAUCAGAUCUUCACAGAGCUCUACAUCACAGAGGGAGGGACUGCAGAGGUCAAUGAUGAACACGAGGUCAGACAGAUUGAAACAGCAUCCAGGAAACCAGUCAGACCAGAAACAACAAUCAGACAAGAGGACAUCUUUAAAGCCUCAUCUGGAAGAGAUGAACCAAUCAGGACAGUGAUGACAAAGGGAGUGGCUGGCAUUGGGAAAACAGUCUUAACACAGAAGUUCACUCUGGACUGGGCUGAAAACAAAGCCAACAAGGACAUACACUUUACAUUUCCAUUCACUUUCAGAGAGCUGAAUGUGCUGAAAGACCAAAAGUACAGCUUGGUGGAACUUGUUCAUCACUUCUUUACUGAAACCAAAGAAGCAGGAAUCUGCAGGUUUGAAGAGUUCCAGGUUGUGUUCAUCUUUGAUGGUCUGGAUGAGUGUCGACUUCCUCUGGACUUCCACAACAAUGAGUUCUUGACUGAUGUUACAGAGUCCACCUCAGUGGAUGUGCUGCUGACAAACCUCAUCAGGGGGAAACUGCUUCCCUCUGCUCGCCUCUGGAUAACCACACGACCUGCAGCAGCCAAUCAGAUCCCUCCUGAGUGUGUUUGCAUGUUGACAGAGGUCAGAGGGUUCACUGACCCACAGAAGGAGGAGUACUUCAGGAAGAGAUUCAGAAAUAAGAAGCAGGCUAGCACCAUCAUCUCCCACAUCAAGACAUCACGAAGCAUCCACAUCAUGUGCCACAUCCCAGUCUUCUGCUGGAUCACUGCUACAGUUCUGGAGGAUGUGUUGAAAAGCAGAGAGGGAAGAGAGCUGCCUAAGACCCUGACUGAGAUGUACAUCCACUUCCUUGUUGUUCAGGCCAAACUGAAGAACAUCAAGUAUGAUGGAGGAGCUGAGACUGAUCCACACUGGAGUCCAGACACCAGGAAGAUGAUUGAGUCUCUAGGAAAACUGGCUUUUGAGCAGCUGCAGAAAGGCAACCUGAUCUUCUAUGAAUCAGACCUGACGGACUGUGGCAUCGAUAUCAGAGCAGCCUCGGUGUACUCAGGAGUGUUCACACAGAUCUUGAAAGAGGAGACAGGGCUGUACCAGGACAAGAUAUUCUGCUUCGUCCAUCUGAGUGUUCAGGAGUUUCUGGCUGCUCUUCAUGUCCAUCUGACAUUCAUCAACUCUGGACUCAAUCUUCUAGAAGAAGAACAAACAUCCCAGAAGUCUGAAACUAAACAAGAAUCUGUAAUGACACACCUCUACCAGAGUGCUGUGGACGUGGCCUUACAGAGUCCAAAUGGACACCUGGACUUGUUCCUCCGCUUUCUACUGGGUCUUUCACUGCAGACCAAUCAGAAUCUCCUACAAGACCUGCUGACACAGACAGGAAGUAGCUCACAGACUUAUCAGGAAACAGUCGAUUACAUCAAGAAGAAGAUCAGUGAGAAUCUAUCUACAGAGAAAACCAUCAAUCUUUUCCACUGUCUGAAUGAACUGAAUGAUCGUUAUCUCGUGGAGGAGAUGCAACAGUCCCUGAGAUCAGGAAGUCUCUCCACGGAUAAACUGUCUCCUGCUCAGUGGUCAGCUCUGGUCUUCAUCUUACUGUCAUCAGAAAAAGAUCUGGACAUGUUUGACCUGAAGAAAUACUCUGCUUCGGAGGGGGCUCUUCUGAGGCUGCUGCCAGUUGUCAAAGCCUCCAGCAAAGCUCUGCUGUGUGACUGUAACCUCUCAGAGGGAAGCUGUGCAGCUCUUUCCUCAGUUCUCAGCUGCCAGUCCACUAGUCUGAGAGAGCUUGACCUGAGUAACAACAAUCUUCAGAAUUCAGGAGUGAAGCUGCUGUCUGCUGGACUGGGGAGUCCACACUGUACACUGGAAACACUCAGCCUGUCAGGAUGUCUGAUCACAGAGGAAGGCUGUGCUUCUCUGGCCUCAGCUCUGAGCUCCAACCCCUCCCAUCUGAGAGAGCUUGACCUGAGCUACAACCAUCCAGGAGACAAAGGAGAGAAGCUGCUGUCUGCUGGACUGGAUGAUCCACAUUGGGGACUGGACACUGUCAGGCUGCAGCCUGCUGGAGUCCGAUGGUUGACACCAGGUCUGAGGAAGUAUUUCUGUGAACUCACACUGGAUCCAAACACAGUACACAAAAACCUUGAACUGUCUGACAACAACAGGAAGGUGACAUAUGUGGAGGAGGAUCAGUCAUAUCCUGAUCAUCCAGACAGAUUUGAUGGCAUGCCUCAGCUGCUGUGUAGAGAUGAACUGACUGGUCGUUGUUACUGGGAGGUUGAGUGGAGAGGAAGCGUUUUGAUAGCAGUGAGUUACAGAGGAAUCAGCAGGAAAGGAGGCAGAGCUGACUCCUGGUUUGGAGGGAAUGAUCAGUCCUGGAGUCUGGAGUGCUCCGAUGGUGGUUACUGUGUCUGGCACGAUAAGAGAGGAACAGACCCCUCCUCCUCCUCCUCCUCUGUCUCUAACAGAGUAGCAGUGUAUGUGGACUGUCCUGCUGGCACUCUGUCCUUCUACAGAGUCUCCUCUGACACACUGAUCCACCUCCACACCUUCAACACCACAUUCACUCAGCCUCUGUAUCCUGGGUUUGUGUUCUGGUCAAGCAGGUUUGGUCACUCAGUGUCUCUGUGUUCUCUGUAGGAGGGAGUCUCUUCCUGUAAGAGAAGCCCUCUCAUGUUAUUUAGUACCAACCUGAUCUCUGACUGGUUGUAAAUGCAGUGUCUAAACCCAACAUGGUUUCCACAUGACUGACAGUUCGUUUGUCAGUCACAUAUAUGCACAUUUACAAAAGAAGUUAAUUUUCUCAGAGCAGAUAGCUCAGUCUGUUAGAGGACUGUUUGGAGGUUCGGAAGUUGUGAUGAAGGUUUUCAAAAAUGUUGGAAUAGUUUUGCCAAUUAACUAUAACAUAAUGACAGUAAGUAUCCGCUGGCCUAUAGAGGCAGUUUGUUAAUUUUCCUCCCUUUUGUUUUUUUGGGGGGGUUCUUGUCCAGUUGUUUUUUAAUCAUACACCAACAUGUUCUUAUUUGUGUCUAUUGGAUGUGCAUGUAAAGCUGCAAAUAAACAUUAUUAUUAGUCUGUUAA